UCGACGGAAAGCCCCAACCAUCUGAGCCCACCACAACCAACACACCCUGUUCGACAAAAUGCCUCACUCUACCCACGAAGACCUCCAUCUCAUGCUCUACCCCUGGCUCGCCUUCGGCCAUAUCAACUCCUUCGUCCAACUUGCGCGCAAGCUCGCAGCAUUCCCUGGCAUUCGCAUCACCUUUCUCUCCUCCUCCGGCAACGUAGCCCACAUUGCCAAACUCCUUUCCGAUUCCCCCACCGUCUCCAUACUUUCCCUCAAGCUCCCUCACGUCGCUGGCCUCCCUCCGGGCAUCGAGUCCACCUCCGAAUCCACCCCGGCCAUGGCUGAGCUCCUCAAACGCGCCGUAGACCUCACUAAGCCCGACGUCACCGAGCUGCUCACUCACCACCGUCCAAACGCCAUCGUGUACGAGUUCGCUCACCCAUGGAUGCCAUCGAUAGCGCGUCCGCUCGGUGUGAAAGCACUCUUCUUCUCUACUUUCAGUUCAGUCUCCACAGCCUAUCUCACCGUCCCAUCACGCCGGUCAUGCUCCGGAGAGAUGUCAAAGGCGCCACCAGGCUUCCCGGCGACGUCCUCCAUGUCCACAGUUGCAAACUACCAGGCCAAUGAUUUCGCCUAUAUCUUCAAGAGCUUCAAUGGAAUGCCAUGCGUGUAUGACCGCGUGGUGAGUUGUAUGGAUUCCAGCGACGCAAUCAUCAUGAUGUGUUGCAUGGAAAUGGAAGGCCCUUAUAUUAACUACGUGAAGUCAGAGUUCAAUAAGCCAGUGCUACUCGCCGGCCCGGUUGUGCCGGAACCGGCAAUAGGUGAGCUAGAGAGUCACUGGGAAGGAUGGUUACAGAAGUUUGAAGCCGGUUCAGUGGUGUACUGUGCACUGGGGACUGAGGCCAUCCUCAGCGAUGAUAGUAUCAAAGAACUACUUCUUGGACUGGAAAUGGUUGGGUUACCAUUCAUAGUAAUGAUCAACUUGCCGAAAGGCGACACCGAGGGAAACCCGGAGGAAUUGUUGAAGAAGAAGGUGCCGGAAGGGUUGGAGGAGAGGGUGAAGGGGAGGGGGAUAGUGCACGUAGGGUGGGUGCAGCAGCAGCAGAUGCUGAGCCACAAGAGUGUGGGUUGUUUUAUUUGUCACUGUGGAAGGAACUCGUUGAUGGAAGGGAUGGUGUCUGAGUGUGGAUUGGUGAUGUUGCCGCAGUUUGGAGACCAGUUCUUGAAUUCGGCGUUGCUCGCCGGAGAUCUUGGGGUGGGAGUGGAGGUGGAGAGGGAUGGAGAAAAUGGGAUGUUCACCAGAGAGGGAGUUAGGGAUGCUGUAACGAAGGUGAUGGAGGAUGAUAAGGUAAAGGAGAGGAAGAGGAAGUGGAAGGAGUUCUUGGUGGAUGAGAAGGUGCAGGGGAUGUUCAUGACUAGGUUAGUGGAAGAGUUGAAGGAAAUGGUUAAGCCUUGUGUUGUUUGAUGAUGCUUGAAGAUUAACAAGAAUGUUUUCAUUUUCCUAUUUAAUGAUAAACAAAGCUAUAUAU